ACGAAAAUUACGGCCGUCGUGAGUUUGCUUUUCCCUUGCAAAGCAGCAAAGUAGCAAGCCAGCCACAAAAGAGAAGAAACUGUUCGACGGAGAUUUUGGAAGUAGCCACUGGCAAAGAGCGCGUUCGCGAUUAGCUAUACGUUUCAUGUUAUUUUGACCCUGCUGGUGUGCAAAGCGCGGAUCCGGAAUCAUUUCUAGAAGGACGGAAAUCGGUGUGAAGUUGUGAAAGCGAAACAAAAAGGAUUUAACAUACACCGUGAGAAUGUCGGAUACUACGGAGAACGCCGCCACGGAAAACGCCACUACGGAACCAGCAGCAGCUGCCCCAGCUCCAGCUCCUCCAGCGGAAGCCGAGGUGAAAACGCCGACCAAGCGUACGCCAUCAAAGCGUAAAAAUAAUGCAUUCCAGCGGGAAAGUGAAGAGUUGCUAAAGACCAUGGGCAUGGAUCCCGCGGAGGAUGGUGGCCGACGACGAACCCGAGCCAGCACACGUGGAGUCAGUGCCCCAGCCACACCGGCCACUCCUCCGGCCAAAAAGGCCCGCACGGCAGCCACUCCUUCGCGGAAGGGUCGAGGGAAUAAGGAUGAUGACGAUGAGGGAAAAUCGCCGGAAACCGAGUCCGCAACCCCGAAGAAGCGAGGACGUCCUUCGGCCAAGGACAAGGCCGAAGCGGAAGAGAAGCAUGACGAAGAGGAGUCUAAGAAGGACGAUGAAACUGAUGGCAAGAAGGAGGAUGAAGCCGCAAAGGACACAAAUGAAGUGCAUGACGAUGAGGCGGAUAAGAAGCAGGAAGACAAAGUUGAUGGCGCCGUGGUAAGCAGCACGGAAAAGGAAGAAGCGCCAAAGGAGGAAUCUAAGCCGGUCGAAGAUGCUCCUGAAAAGAUGGAAGUCGACGAAGAGAAACCUGCAAAGGAAGAAGUCAGCAAACCAGAAUCAGUUCCGGAAGAGGCGGCAACGACAGAAGCGGCCGCUCCCGAGGAAACACCAAAACCUGCAGAACCGGAACCCGCCAAACCAGUGGAAGCAGAAGAAAAGAAGCAAGAAGUACCUGCCCCUGUCGCUUCUGAAGAACCAAAACAGGAAUCCGAACCGGCCCCCCAGGUUCAGGAAGCGGAAUCGAAGACGGAGGACAACUGCAGUUCCACACCAGCCACGGAGGAAGCGACGCCUGUGGUGGAAGAACCUGCGGUGGUACCAGUUGGCAACGAGGUCAGCAGCACAGAGGCGGAAAAGACGAACAAUGAUGUGGCCCCGGUGGUGGAGAGCAGCGUGGAAGAAACGAAGGUGGAGAACUCUGCAGAGCCCAAAAUUGUUCCCUCGGAAGCGACAGCGGUCGAACCUACUGCGGCAGCACAGUAAAUCCCGUGGGCACAAAUGGAGUUGUGCUUCUUCAGCGCUUCAACUACACAGUUAAGAACAACACCUACACACAACCACACAUACAAUAACGUUGACAUAACUUCGAUUGCGCAACCUUUCUUGCUGUCUUCGAUAUGAUCAGUCAACCCCCUCUCCAUAGACGAAGAAAUCACCGAAUGAAGUUAUGCAAAAAUGGUAACAUCUUCCGAAAAAAGAUGUGCGUUUCUUAAAACUUCUCACACACUUUUUGACAUUGUUCACUUAUGUGCAGUAGUCGGGAUAUCUUAAUUAUCUGAUAGCGAACCCGAACAUGGUUUUUAGAUUCCUUGCGGCAAUCGAUUUUAGGCUAUUUGAAUAACACAUAUUAAAACCCAUCGGGAGUAGCGCAGCGGGAAUUCUUAACAAAAAACAAAUUCAUACAAACUAUUAGUAUGUACAAUGGAUACAUAUUCCAACACAGAUUGAUUCUCUGUAAAGCAGCAGAUUGAGAAAAUUUAGGCAAUAUUGAUGUUUCUUUUUUUCGUUCUUUUGAUUGUUCAGACAAAGGCAAAAUAGAAUUUACUAGGGCAGGCAUGGAACCACUUUGAAUGGUAAUAGAUGUUAAGCGCAAGUCAUAUGGAUUCUCUGACCUGAAACCAAUUUAAAUGUAGAGUUUAUAAUUUGCUGAUUUCUUCAACUUUGACCACCAAUUGCUGGACCACGACUGUAAUGUUCGACUUGUGUAAAGAUACCACCUGGAAUAUAAUUUGACUUGUUCCCGAGUUAUUUUUUUUUUCAGUAGUUUUUGAAUCAGAUGCGGACGGGUAAAUGAUUCGAAUUUAAUGUCCAAAUUAAGUCACAUAUAAGAAGAUUUAUUUCUAUUCGAUUUCUUCAGGCGAAAAACAAAGAUCUUAAAGAAUUUCAGAUUAAUAUUUUUGCCAUCUUAGAGGUAUGAUUUAUACAUUAAAGCGAAGAAAAACGGGAAGAUUUAUUUAACUGACGUUUGGCAAAUAAAGAUGAAACUCCUGACAUACAAUAUAAACCAGAUCAAUCCCCACAAUCGAUUUUCAUAUUUUUUUUCUUUCGAAACUGACAGAAACCUGAGAACACAUACACACAUCUACACCAAUUUACACUGAGACAGAGUUGCAGCAGCCGCGUUCGCCCUAUUACAAGUGUACUAUGUUAACGUGCCGUAUUUGUAUGGCGUGUCAACCCUGCAUUGGUGGGCGUACGCGGCUGAAAUACAACACAAAGAGCAAACAAACAUAAGAGGAAAUACAAAAAUACAUCUUUUUAACUAAUGUAUAGGUUAUUUUAUUAUUGUGUCGUGAAUGAGACCGAAAGAGAUGAUAAAUAUAGAAAUAUGGACAAACAA